AUGGUUAGGAUAACCGGCUUGGCUGGCAAUGAUAACGUCAAGCGGCAGCUGGUGAAGAGUGGAAUCGUGCCGGUCAUAGUCUCGAUACUAUCGAGGUAUUCGAGCAAUGCCACCGCCUCUGCCCUCACCCUGAAGUGCGUGGCGGCUCUCUGUCUACGCGAGCCAGCGCACAGCCAGCAGUUCCUGGACAACGGCGCUCCGGAGCCGAUUCUGGAGUGUCUGAAAGUCCACCCGGACUCCUCGAGCGUGCAGAAGAACGGGUGCUGGGCGAUCCGCAACAUGGUGGCCAGGUGUCGGGAGCACAACGCGAGGUUCCGCGCGCUGGGCGCGGAGGGCGUUUUGAGCGGCGCCUACGGCCGCUUCGGCGGCGAGUUCGGCUUCGACAUCAAGUCGGCGCUGAGGGACCUCGAGUGCGAGGUGGAGCUCGACGAGCAGUGGACCGGCAGAGGGGUGCAGAUGCGCCAG